AAACAAUAAGCCAAGUCAGGAAUCUAAAUAUGAAUUAAUGGCAUUAUCUUUAUCUUGAUGAAGAAUUAUAUGGUGUUUUUUGCAUCAAAAAAAGGCGAACAACCAAAAAUGCUCUGAAUAUCGCGUUUAAUUCUUUACAUUGCUUGUGUUUUGCAAUCCAAGAUGAAGGGAAAGGGUAAAACUGCAAACGACAAAGACUGUCCAUUGCAGUUUCCCGAUCUUGAACCAGUGGACCAUGUGACACAAUGCCAAAAGUACACCAAUAUUCUGUCACGCUCUGAGGAAGAUGGUAUCGGUAUUGAAGAGUUGGAUGCUAUUCAGACUGAUCUGGAAACAUUGUUAGCAGCGGCUGGUCUCAGACUUAAACAGCUGGAAAAUGAGAAACAAAUUCUUGUGAAUUGGGCAGACAAGAAAGAUAUCAAAGGGUUUAAAUCAAACAAGCCUGAUACCCCCGUCUCUGGAAAAAGAGGCAAAGUGAUUGAGGACAAACCGAACAAGAAGUUCAAGGGCUCUGAGAGUGGUAAAGGAUCUCAUCCAACACCACCUGGUCCUGGAAGACCCAAAAGUAAAAUUGCUCAGACAAAGGCCCAAGAGUUGGACUUCUCUGCAGACUCGCCUUUAGACUUGCCCCGCUUACCAAAGAAUGAUGCAGUCAAUAGGUUCUGGGCAUCAGUUGAGCCAUAUUGUGCAGACAUUACAAAUGAGGAUGUAAAAGUCCUAGAGGACAUCCUGAACACUCACGAUGAGGAGGCUGACUACUUCAGAGUUCCUCCCCUUGGAAAGCAUUAUGCUGAAAAAUGGGCAGAAGAGGAUCUCAUAGAAGAGCAGAGAGAAGGUUCUAAGAUGAAUGAAAAAAGAAGGAGCCAGUACAACAACAAUAACAAUAGCAUGAGUAAUUCCAAUGAUGCCACAACCCUACUGAAGAAGGCAGAACAGAGCAAUAUGGAGGAAUCACCAUUUGGACCGCUUACCCAGAGAUUGGUAUCGGCUCUGAUUGAGGAAAAUAUAAUGACGCCAAUGGAUGACACUAUGAAUGAGAUCACUGGAGGAAAAGAGUCCCCAGAUGAAGCUCCAGCCAUUUCACCCAGAGUGUUGGCUAAACAGCUGAAUAUUGGUAAUCCAGCUCAUUUGGAAAAGCGAAUUAGAAAGGAAUUGGAGGAACAAGGUAUUCUGGACUGUGAAGAUAAAGUGGAUGAUAACCCCGACGACGAGAUUCUGUCAGAACUCCGACAGAAACAGCAGGAGUUGAAGGCCGUCAGUAACUACGUCGUCUCUGUCACUAAAACACUGCUAGACAAGGCGAGGGAGGAAAUGAAGAAACAGGAACUGAAGAAGAAGCUCGCAACUGCAGAUGCUGAGGUUUUGGAAGCUUACAGAAAAAUCCAAGCAACCAGACAGAAAAAGAAAACUCCCACCAAGAAAGAAAGGGAUUCUGCUUGGAAAGCCAUCAAGGAAAGGGAAACCAUCAAACGUCAGAUUGAAGGGAAACUGAAGUGAAAUGUUUGUCUUUGGAGACUUUAGCGAUACAGCCAGAGAGAACGCUUAUAGAACAUUCCUUUAAUAUUCUGAUUACACCAGAAUAAAUUUCUUGGAAUGAGCGAGCAAGUCAAUAAUUUUACCAUUGACAUUUUGUAUUGAAAAGGGUUUGAAUGAGAAAGGAAACAAUGUAUUUUAUCUUCUCAUAUUGAGUAGAAUAUCGAUCAAAAUGAAACAAAUAAUAAGCUGCAAAAAUUUCAAAGAUGUACUACUGGUAACGCAUUUUCUUUGUACAUGGAUAUACAUGUAUAUGUUAAGCAAAGUAUUGAAGAAAAGUGGUCAAUGUUGUAAAUUUGUAAUACCUUGACAGAAAAAGUUAUUUCAUGCAAUUCAAAAAUUGAAAGCAGUACUAGGCACAACUCAAAUUAAUUUUUGAACAACUAUUGAAAAAUGAUGAUUUUUUAUGUAGAAAGUAUCUCUUAUUCAAUACACAUGUAAAGCUAGCAAGGUCACAUACAGGACUGGUAUAAAGUAAAAUUGAUGUCAUCAUGAAUAGUGUUCAUGUAAUGUAUAGGAGCAACAAAGUUGUGCUUUGAAGAGUGUUGUAAUGUACAUGUACAUGUAACUAUGAAAAAAAUAAAAAAAAUAAACAAAAUUUCAAUAAAA